AUGGCUUGCCUCACAUUUGUCAAAGUUAUGAUGGUUGCAUUCAACUUGUUAAUUUUUCUGGGGGGUGGGAACCUGCUGGCUGUGGGAAUUUGGGUGACCGUGGACGGGGGCACCUUCCUGAAGGUUAUUGGGCCCUUCCCCGAGGAUCCUGUGCACGCAGUGAAUGUCGGCUUCUUCUGCAUCGCCACCGGAGGUGUUCUGGUUUUACUGGGCUUGCUGGGUUGCUGUGGGGUGCAGAAAGAGAGCAGGUGUCUUCUCGUAGCGUUCUUCUCUAUUAUUCUCAUCAUUUUCAUUGCCGAAGUGGCAGCUGGAGUCAUGACCCUGGCAUUCACAUCACUAUCAGAAGAUAUCUUCAAGACAUGGGCUGGUUCUGCUCUACAGACGCAGUAUGGUAAAGACAGAGUUGUCACAGGCAUGUGGAACUCCACUAUGACAGAGCUGAAGUGUUGUGGUCUCACCAACUACACAGACUUUACCAACUCCUACUACUACAACACCAACCACCAGAGUUACCCUCCCUCCUGCUGCCUGGGUAAUACCACCUCCGCAUGCAGGGAGGAGGACGCGCAGGCCAACAUGGUCCCGGGCUGUUUUGAGCAGCUGCUGGUUUCCAUGCAGAGGAGCAUUGCUGUGAUUGGAGGGAUUGCAUUGGGGGUGUGUGCUCUGGAGCUGGCAGCUAUGGUCAUGUCCAUGUGCCUCUAUGUUAUUUGGAGAGGACAGGAAGCUGAGCAUUGUAUGGAGAUGGAGUAG